AUGGGCACCCGCGCCCUGCCCGGCACCAUGCAAACCACCAUCGCCUCCAGCGCGAUCCCCGUGGCGUUUCACCCUGCCAAGGUUACCAAGGCAGUGGCCACCGGCCCCCGAGUACCCUCCUUCAACCUAGGAGGGCGGGAUGGCGACGAGCCCCUUAAGAUCCAGAUUGGGGAGGGCAUGAUGGGCGGGGGCUUCACCUCCCUCGACCCCGAGACCCGGCGCAUUGUCCCUGUGCCAGCGGGCCGCCCCAAGGUCAAGAUAGUGUACGUGGUAUUGGAGUCGCAGUACCAGUCCUCGCUGGCAGCAGCGGUGAACCGCAUCAACGCUGUCCAGAAGGAGGUGUGCGUGGAGAUCGUUGGCUAUCUGUUGGAGGAGCUGCGUGAUGCCACCAACUUUGCGCAUUUUAAGGCGGACGUGGCGGACGCAAACAUCUUCAUCGGCUCCCUCAUCUUCAUCGAGGACCUGGCAGACAAGGUGGUGGAGGCGGUGGGGCCCGCCCGCGACUCGCUGGAUGCCUGCCUCGUCUUCCCCUCCAUGCCCGCGGUCAUGCGCCUGAACAAGCUGGGCACCUUCCAGAUGAGCCAGCUGGGGCAGUCCAAGAGCCUGAUCGGGGACUUCAUGAAGAAUGCGCGCAAGAACAACGACAAGUUUGAGGAGAGCAUGCUGAAGCUGGUGCGCACGCUGCCCAAGGUGCUCAAGUACCUGCCCUCGGACAAGGCGCGGGACGCACGCAACUUCGUCAACGCCCUCCAGUAUUGGCUGACGGGAAACGUGGACAACCUGGAGAACCUCAUCCUGAGCACCAGCCAGGCCUACGUCCCUGCGCUCAAGGGCGUGGACUUCGAGGCCGCCGAGCCGGAGCUCCUGCCCGACGUCGGCAUCUGGCACCCACUGGCCACUCACAUGUUUGAGGACAUCAAGGAGUACCUCAACUGGUACGACACGCGUCGCGACAUGCGCACCACCGCCGACAGCCCCACCAUCGGCCUGGUCCUCCAGCGCUCCCACCUGGUUACCGGGGACGAGGGGCACUACUCCGGUGUGGUAUCCGAGCUGGAGGCGCGUGGCGCGCGGGUCAUUCCCGUCUUCGCUGGCGGCCUGGACUUCUCGCUGCCGGUCAAGAAGUUCUUCUACGACCCCCUGAAGCCCAGCAAGGCGCACGUCGACGCCGUGCUUUCUUUGACCGGAUUCGCGCUGGUGGGGGGCCCCGCUCGCCAGGACGCCCCCAAGGCCAUCACGGCGCUCAAGGCUCUCAACGUGCCCUACCUGUGCUCGCUGCCCCUGGUCUUCCAGACCACGGAGGAGUGGCUGGAGAGCCAGCUGGGCGUGCACCCGGUGCAGGUGGCGCUGCAGGUGGCGCUGCCGGAGCUUGACGGCGCCAUCGAGCCGCUGGUCUUUGCCGGGCGCGACGCGGGCACGGGCAAGUCCCACUCCCUCCCCGACCGCAUUGAGUCCCUGGCCGCGCGCACGGUCAAGUGGGCCACGCUGGCCAAGAAACCGGUGGCUGAGAAGAAGCUGGCCAUCACGGUCUUCUCCUUCCCCCCGGACAAGGGCAACGUCGGCACCGCCGCCUACCUCAACGUCUUUGGAUCCAUCUUCCAGGUCCUCAAGGAGCUGGAGGAGGAGGGGUACGAUGUGGGAGAUAUGCCCGCCGAUGAGAAGACUCUCAUGGAGUCGGUGCUCAACCAGGAGGAGGCCCGCUUCAACUCCGCCGACCUCAAUGUGGCCUACCGCAUGAGCGUGGACGAGUACAAGCGGCUGUGCCCCUACGCGACCGCCUUGGAGGAGAACUGGGGUCCGCCGCCCGGCAAGCUGAACACCAACGGACAGGCGAGGGCGGCUGGUUGUUGGCAAUGGAGGGGCAGGACUGACCUGCUGGUGUUCGGCAAGCAGUUUGGCAAGGUGUUCAUCGGCGUGCAGCCCACCUUUGGGUACGAGGGCGACCCCAUGCGCCUCCUCUUCUCCCGCUCCGCCUCGCCCCACCACGGCUUCGCGGCCUACUACACCUUCCUGGAGCAUGUGUAUGGCGCCGACGCGGUGCUGCACUUUGGCACGCACGGCUCGCUGGAGUUCAUGCCGGGGAAGCAGGUGGGCAUGAGCGGCGAGUGCUACCCCGACUCCCUCAUUGGCUCGCUGCCCAACCUCUACUACUACGCGGCCAACAACCCCAGCGAGGCCACCAUCGCCAAGCGCCGGUCCUACGCCAACACCAUCAGCUACCUCACCCCCCCGGCCGAGAACGCGGGGCUGUACAAGGGGCUCAAGGAGCUGAUCAGUAGCUACCAGUCGAUGCGUGAGACGGGGCGUGCCUCCGCCGUCGCAGCCAGCAUCAUCGAGACGGCCCGGCAGUGCAACCUCGACAAGGAUGUGGAGCUGCCCGACGCCGAGGCCAGAGACCUCACCAUGGAGGACAGGGACUCUGUCGUGGGCAAGGUGUACCAGAAGCUGAUGGAGAUCGAGUCGCGGCUGCUGCCCUGCGGGCUGCACGUGGUGGGCGUCCCCCCCACUGCCGAGGAGGCCAUCGCCACGCUGGUCAACAUCGCCGAGCUGGACCGCCCAGAUGCCGACCCACCGAUCCGGGGCCUGCCCGGCAUCCUGGCCCGGGCGGCAGGUCGCAGCAUCGAGGAGGUGUACGCGGGCUCCAACCGUGGCGUGCUCAAGGACGUGGAGGACCUUGCGCUGAUCACCGACACCUGCCGCGAGGCGGUGCGCGCCUUUGUCUCCGGCCAGGUGGACAGCGCGGGCCGCGUCAAGCGCUCCACCACCGGCGGCGGCCUGGGCCGCAUGUUUGGGCUGGAGCGCGAGGCCUGGCUGGCGCCGCUGAAGGGCACGCCCUUCGCCCGUGCCAAGCGCGAGGAGCUGCGCACGCUGUUCGACUACCUGGCGGGCUGCCUGGCCAAGAUCGUGCAGGACAAUGAGCUGGGCGCGCUGAAGUCCGCGCUGCGCGGCGAGUACGUGGAGCCCGGCCCGGGGGGCGACCCCAUCCGCAACCCGGGGGUGCUGCCCACCGGCAAGAACAUCCACGCCCUGGACCCGCAGAGCAUCCCCACCGCAGCGGCGGUGAAGAACGCCAAGGUGGUGGUGGACCGCCUGCUGGAGCGUCAGCGUCAGGAGAUGGGUGGCAACUACCCAGAGAGCAUUGCCGUCGUGCUGUGGGGCACCGACAACAUCAAGACCUACGGCGAGUCUCUGGCCCAGGUGUGCUGGAUGGUGGGCGUGCGCCCCGUCCCCGAUGCGCUGGGCCGGGUCAACAAGCUGGAGCUGGUGUCCCUGGAGGACUUGGGCAGGCCCCGGAUCGACGUCGUGGUCAACUGCUCCGGCGUCUUCCGCGACCUCUUUGUCAACCAGAUGGCGCUGCUGGACCGCGCCAUCAAGAUGGCGGCUGAGCAAGACGAGCCGCUGGAGAUGAACUUCGUGCGCAAGCACGCGCUGGCGCAGGCGGAGGAGACGGGGCGUAGCCUGCGCGACUCUGCCACCCGCGUCUUCAGCAACAGCUCCGGCUCUUACUCCUCCAACGUCAACCUGGCAGUGGAGAACUCUUCCUGGUCCGACGAGCAGCAGCUGCAGGAGAUGUACCUGUCGCGCAAGUCCUUUGCCUUCAACUCCGACCGCCCCGGCGCGGGGGGGGAGGAGUCACGCGACAUCUUUGUCUCCGCCCUGAAGACGGUGGAGGUGACCUUCCAGAACCUGGACUCCCACUACUUCGACUCCGACCCCACCAAGCUGGUCCAGGGCCUGCGCAGCGACGGGCAGAAGCCGCGCGCCUUCAUCGCCGACACCACCACCGCCAACGCCCAGGUCCGGUCCCUGGGCGAGACGGUGAGGCUGGACGCGCGCACCAAGCUGCUCAACCCCAAGUGGUAUGAGGGCAUGCUGUCCAGCGGUUACGAGGGUGUGCGGGAGAUCCAGAAGCGCCUGACGAACACCAUGGGCUGGUCCGCCACCGCGGGCGCCGUGGACAACUGGGUGUACGACGAGGCUAACAACACCUUCAUCGACGACCCGGAGAUGGCCGCGAGGUUGAUGCAGGCCAACCCCAACUCCUUCCGCAAGCUGGUGGCUACCUUCCUGGAGGCCAAUGGGCGCGGGUACUGGGAGGCAUCCGAGGACCAGAUCGAGAAGCUGCGCCAGAUGUACACUGAUGUGGAGGACAAGAUUGAGGGUGUGGAGUAG